GCCAUUGUUAGUGCUGCUGGCAGAAUACUAUUCUUCUGCAAUUGACACGGUCUCUACAGGUGUGUUGAUCUUUUCCAACAAGGGCGAUGGAUUCCGUGAAGUUGAACACCGGUGCAGAAAUGCCAAUUAUCGGUCUCGGAACGUGGAAGUCUCCUCCAGGUAAAGUGACUGAGGCGGUGAAAGCGGCCAUAGCUGCAGGCUACAGGCACAUUGAUGGGGCUUUUGUUUACCAGAACGAGCAAGAGGUAGGAGAGGGCAUCCAUGCUAUGAUCAAUGAGGGUGUGGUGAAGAGAGAGGAGCUCUUUGUGGUCAGCAAGCUGUGGUGUACAUUCCAUGGGAAGUCUAUGGUUAAGAUAGGCUGUCAGAAGACUCUGAGUGAUCUAAAACUGGACUACUUGGACCUCUAUCUGAUACACUGGCCCAUGGGCUUUCAGCCUGGAGAUGACCACUUUCCAACAGACAGUGAUGGAAAUACUAUUGAUGAUGGAUCCAGCUUCCUAGAUACAUGGGAGGCCAUGGAGGAACUGGUGGAUGCUGGUCUGGUCAAGGCUAUCGGUGUCUCCAACUUCAACAAAGACCAGAUUGAAUCCAUCCUGAACAAGCCCGGCCUCAAGUACAAACCUGCCAACAACCAGGUUGAAUGCCACCCCUAUCUGAAUCAGGAGAAGCUGAUCAACUACUGUCACUCCAAAGGCAUCUCAGUGACAGCCUACAGUCCCCUGGGCUCCCCGGACAGACCAUGGGCCAAACCAGAUGACCCUUCUCUCCUGGAGGAUCCUAACAUCAAGGUGAUUGCUGAGAAACACAAGAAGACCUCUGCUCAGGUCCUGAUCCGCUUCCAUAUCCAACGGAACACGAUUGUGAUUCCCAAGUCCAUAACACCAGCACGUAUACAGGAGAAUUUCAAGGUGUUUGAUUUUUCAUUGAGUGAUGAAGAAAUGAAAACUAUACUAGGUUUCAACCGAAAUUGGAGAGUCUGCGCUAUGACAUGGAGCAUGAAGCACAAGGACUUCCCCUUCAAUGCUGAAUUCUAAGGAAACCAGGCAUUUGAUGCUGUGGCUCACUUAUUAGGUCUGCACUCUCUCUCUGUUUUUGGAUUGUUUCUCAUCUUAGAGGUGCUCUGGUGCUGUAUAUUUUACCCAGUAAGUCGGAAAGUAACCUUAGUGAAUCAAAACAGUCUCACUAAAUGUCCAGAUACAAUGUCACAUGUGGGAUAAGUCAUUGAUCUCUAACGAGCAUUGCAAGCUCAGUGGAAAACCUUGGGUUAGCCUUCUUUCAACCAGUCAAUGUACAAGUCUGUUCAGUAAGUCCUACAUUCCACACACAUGGCAAAGAAGCUGAAGCUCAUUGAAAGGAACUCUUAUUGCUAUUGGGCUUGCGUAUGAGGGCCAAGUUUGCAGGACGGAGAAACACAUCUUUUAACUAAGGUCCCUUUCAAGUUAAUGUUUUUUCCAGCUAACUGGUCUAAGUCUGUGUUGCCUGUGCAUGUAUUGUUUUUAUUAGAUCUACUUUGGCCUAUAUGUUUUCUGUUAUCUACCAUACCCAAUGGAUAAUUGACAUUAUUUCUCCAACAGCAAUCAUACAAUCAAUUUGACAAAAGGAAUAUACUGUGAGUGAAGAGGAAAAUGUUUCUUCCAUGAUUAGACGUCUGGUUUCACAGACACAGAUCAGGUCUAGUCCUGGGCUAAAAAACUCCAGAUUUAUAGAGAUUCUCCAUUGAGCUUCAUUUAUUUGUUUUUGUGCAUUAGAAAACCUAGGGCUGGUUUCACAAUUUCUGGAUAACUAAAGUAGACAUUACUGUACAUGUUAUGUUACAUAAGAUAAGCUAAGUUACAAUGGUAUUUUAAAGUAAAGAGCUAUUUUACUAUUACAAUAACCUAUGUGCAUUAACAAUGCUUGUAUUUGUUUGAACACUCCUUGCCUCAAAUAUAUUGUUAUAAUAGAUGUAAACCCUAGACUAAUCUUCACCCCUUGCCUUAUAAGAUGAUUAAGAACUUCCACUUAUAAACUUUAAGUGGUCGUGGGUAUUGGGAAAUUCACAGUUCCCUAUUCUGAACUUUGGAAUAUUUGAAUAAAGCUUACUUGGCUCCAGUCA